CCUUGUUUUACACCUGUCUUUCCGUUCGGUGAGCACGCCCAUCGGCCCUUGACGAUGUAAACCGGCCUUACCCCUAUCAGAUGACAUAUAAACAGAAAAUGGAGCGUUGUCAUGGCAACCAAGUACGUGCUUCGUACACACAAUACAACACAUGAGUUAUUGUCAUUCAGUCGACGUCAGCUAGGCACAAAUCUCACAGUUUUUUGACAUCCAAGUGACAGCUUCUUGACAACGAUGUUGUAGAUAUGUCAGAGGAUAUAAAGCCAGAAGUUAUAAAGCGAACUCAAGAUUCUCUUAAGAAAUUUGUGAAAAAACCACCGUUAACUGAAAAGCUACUGAAGAAGCCUCCGUUUCGUUUCUUGCAUGAUUUGAUAUCUUCGAUAAUGAAAGAAACAGGGUUCCUACAGGGACUGUACACUGCUGAAGAGAUGAUUUCUGAAAAUAUCAAAGAUCGAGAUGCUAAAGUUGCCUAUUUGGAAAAGUUGAUUUUGGCAGUCAAACUAGCAACUGGAGCAAAUCUUACUGCCAGGCCGACAAAAAUAGUAGCUGGUCUAGAAGUUGAUCGCACCAAUGAACUUCUUCAGGCAAUUGGAAAAGCUUUGGAGAAAAAGAUCGACAGCAGAAGUGCUGUAGAGCAAGUUAUCAACAAAGGGACAAAGAAAGCCACUGGAAGCAAUAAAUCUCAAAAUAAGGCAACAAGUAAAAGCAAACAAACUAAGGAAACAGCUAAUGAAGAAAGCAAAACUGAAAAACUCAAGAAAAGUCCGACAAAACCCAGCAAAGAAGCUAGUUUAAAACCUGCCAAGGAAAGCAAAAAGACAAAAAAGAGUGAGAGUAAUGCCACGCCGAAAAAGAAAGAAAGAAAAGAUUCUGAAUCGCCAGCUAGGAGAACUGAGCCUUCACCGGUCAAAUCAAAAAGCAUACUCAAAAACGCCACGAUAAAAGAAGUGAACGAGAAACAGAACUCUUUUGAUAGCAUCAGAAGCAGGGAGGAAGAACAAUUAAACAAUGCGCCGGAAUCACUCGAAGCACCAAAGGAGAGAAGAAACUCCAACGCUGAUCCGAAUAAAACGGAAGAGAAUUCGAAGAUUCAAAAAGCAACCGAAAAUGUUGACGUUAAGAAUGGACCGAGUUCCAUAGAAGCUGAACAGUCCCUGAGUAGUGUUGUGGAGACUUCUCCUAGUAAGGCUGUCAAUGAGAAGGAGGAAUUGAAAGGAAAUGCAUUAAAAGAAGUGGAAGGUAGGCCAGAAUCAAGGAGACCCGGAUCAGCUCAUCCUGGACAUAGAAGAUCUGAUUCAUUCACCAAAGGGACAUCGUUGGACAGUCAAGCAGAUGAUCAGAGUGAAAGCAACUCACUGGCAAUUCAAAAUAAAGCUCAAACUCAGGCCAAAGUUGAGCCCUCCACUUCCACUUCAUCCAGUGAGAAAGAGAAGAAUGCCCUAACUAAACAAGCAACCGUCCUUGGUGGUCAGUCGACAAGACAAAGUACAGCGAAAGUGAUGAAUGGCCCAGUAGCGCGACCCAGAACAGCGACGAGACCCCCGAGUGCCCGCCCUGGAGCGCCCCGGGUUAGGGACAGGGGACAUGUGCAGGUAGCUGAGGAAGUUGCCCGUACUUCGUCAGCUGUUGUGAAUGUGAUUGUCGAUUCAGGCGCAACAAAUGAGGACGACAACGAUGAAGGAAGUAUGGUUGUUGUCGAACCUCAGCAGUCUAUUCUAGACUCAGACCUAUCCAAGGAACAAGUGGGCGAUGUGAAAUCUGAAGACAAUGAAAAUCUGCAAAAUGAAGAACAGGGACAACUAGUUGCUCAAAUAUUGGAAACACAGAGGGAACUGGAGAUUUCUGGACCAUCAGCAUCAAAAACAGAAAUAGACUGGGAAGGCGGUAGAAAACGCGAGCGAGAAUCAACUUUGAAAGAAGUGGAGAGACUACGAACGGCAAUUCAGACUUUGACUCGAGCUGCGAAUCCACUAGGAAAGCUGAUCGAUUUCUUGCAAGAGGAUGUCGAUUCCAUGCAACGGGAGUACUCCAAUUGGAGUGAAGCUUACGCAAGUCUAUGGCUGAUCUACAGAGUGAACAAAGGUAUAUUGAGUUUGAGAAAAUAUAUUCUAACAUUUAUAUGCUUCAAUAAUGUGGAGACCCUAUUGGUGAACGGUUAA